AUGGGACAGGCGGGAAAUGAGGAGGCCGAUAAAUUUGCGAAAAUGGCAUGCGCCAACACCAAUAUUGAUAUUGUCGACUUUUGUUCCAAGAGAUCAGUCCGUUUGGCCUUGCAAAAUGAAAAUUUAGCUAAGUGGCAGACUAGAUGGGAUGACCCCGACUAUCAGGGAAGACACUUAUAUGAGCUUCUCCCUAAGGUUUGUUACAAGAUCUUCUUUUCUAACUUUUUUGUUAAUCAAUUCAUUACAAAUCACGGAACACAGGGUGAAUAUCACAGUAGAUUUCAUGGAAAAAAUCCUCUUUGUCCUACCUGUGGUGUUCCGGAUGACCUCCGCAACAUUCGCAUCGACUGUGGAGCUGGAGUUUCCUGCAACCUUUUUUCAUUUUACACCCCGAUUGGUUCGUCUAGAACAGCUUUCGAUGCAGAAGUAUCGGCAAUAAGCGUAGCUCUGUCACAACUACAGAAUCACCUUGAGAAAUUUAAUAACGUAGUCAUCCUCUCUGACUCCAAAGCCGCACUCCAAGCUAUUGCUUCCUCCAAAGCCCCCGCAUCUGCCGACAUUCUACAUUGUCGUCAAGCCCUUCACAGGCUUGACCAACACAACAAAAAUGUCGCCAUGCAAUGGGUACCAGCGCACUGUGGACUUCAAGGUAACGAAACUGCAGAUUUCUUGGCCAAAAAAGCCGCCAAGAUUCUACAAAUAUCUCUUAAGCCAGUUCCUUUCCACACCGCGAAAAGGCUAAUAAAAAUCUCUCUGCGAACAACAUUUGAAGCAAAACUCCAAGAAGCAAAUAAAAAUAAGGACUGGUUGGAAGGAAUUAAAGAUAUUCCGUCAUGGCCAAGAGAAAAAUCUGUGGCCCUUUUUCGCCUCGCCACUGGCCAUGACUGUUUAUCAAAACACCUGUAUAAAAUUAAAAUCUUUUCAAGCCCCCUUUGUCCAUUAUGUAACCAACAAGAAGAAAUGGACGCUAACCAUCUAAGACAUUGCCCUGCACUUCCUCCCGGGCCCUUGUGGGAACGAUAUUGGCGGGCGAGAUGCAUUAUUUCAGACCUAUAG